AGUAUUUGGGGUGGCGCGCCUGUCGCCCGACUGUUCGCUGGUCGGAGGCUUCUGCACAGAGAUGGCAAGAGAACCGUAGCAGACUGUAGGGCCUAUCCGGUUGGGUAUUCUACCGACAACCGUAACGUUAGAGAGGCGCAGAGCCAGAGAGAAUAGGAAAGGAGCUGGACAACGGGCAAGAGGAACCAUGGGACAUGGAGUAGGCUGAAGCAGAGGGUCUAGCAGCACACACCAAUUGUGAGUAUAAGUUUCCCACUGUGGUGUAUGACAUGGCCACGGCCUCAUCCAGAGCAGAGUCUAGCCAUAACCACAGAGGAACGACACAGCUUCAUGCCAUUGUUUCCUGUGCCAAAAUCAAGAGGAAGAAGAGCCUGUUUGGGACUGCCAUUUAUGUGGAGGUGACAGCAGAAGGGGAGUCGCGCCGUACAGCGAAGUCUCACAGCUCCUCCAGUCCUAAAUGGGAUGAGAGGCUCACUCUGAAUGUAACACCGCACACACAUGUGGAUUUCAAAGUAUGGAGUCACCACACCCUGAAAGCAGAUGCUCUGCUGGGCAAAGCCACACUGGACCUAAUGCAAGCCUUGGAGCAGCAUGACAGAAAAUUGGAGAAUGUGAAGGAGGUGCUGAAGCUGAGCGUGGAGCAGAAGGGUGCUCUGGUGCCCACUGGGGAGCUGACUGUUUUCCUGGAUGGACUGACUGUCACAGACCAGGAGGAACUGGCACAGCUUACCAACGGCAUUGCCGCAAAUGGCACCAAAGUCCAACAGAAUGGUGAUGCCAUCCACGAAAAUGGAGACUCAUCGUCCUCUUCCUCAAGGGCUGCCAACAGCACAGUGAAUGGUACAGACUUGGGGCCAAGGUCAGAUUCCUGUUCAGCCUCCAAUGGUGUGGAUGGUGAGGUGCCUUCAAGCUCCUGCAGUCCUGCCCUUGGUCAUGUCGUCAAUGGAGAUGCCACACCCAACUCCACCCCAGUCCACCAACCCUCAGACAGUGACACAGAGAGCAGGACAGUCAACGGGGAGUCUUGUGAUGUUGCUCUUGGGCCAUCAUCUGUGACAGCAGGUGAUGUGCUGUCCCCUGCAGAUGACCACGAGGACUGCAGUCAAGAUGCCGUCCUGCCAGACUCUGUCACAGCACCAAAUAGCACAUCUCAACCCCCGGCACCCUCCACAUUGACUCCAGCCUCGACUUCUGCUGCUAAGCCUCCUGACGGCACCGCUGCUGCUUCCUCCACAAUCACCUCCUCAGCCCAGGGGGCUGCCACCCCCACCACCGCCCCCACCACCACCACCACCACCACGACAACCUCCUCAUCAUCGUCCUCUUCCUCCCCAGCACAGGGAGAGGCGAAUGCUUCAGGAGCUGGUGGUGGUAUCAGUAGUAGCAGUGCAACUGUAACUACAGAUGGGGCCAAGCCCAGACAACAGGCCCCCAAUGCUGGAGCCUCAGAUCCUCUUCCACCAGGAUGGGAGCAGAGGAAAGACCCGCAUGGGAGAACGUACUAUGUAGACCACAACACCAGGACUACCACCUGGGAAAGACCACAGCCACUACCACCGGGCUGGGAGCGCCGAGUGGAUGACCGGGGCAGGAUCUAUUAUGUGGACCAUAACACCCGCACCACCACAUGGCAGCGUCCCACUAUGGAAUCAGUCCGCAACUUUGAGCAGUGGCAGAGCCAACGCAGCCAACUGCAGGGAGCUAUGCACCAGUUUAACCAGAGAUACCUCUACUCUGCAUCCAUGAUGUCUGCUGAGAACGACCCUCUUGGCCCGCUACCUCCUGGCUGGGAGAGACGUGUGGACUCCAAUGACCGGGUGUACUUUGUAAACCAUAACACCAAGACAACACAGUGGGAGGACCCCCGAACCCAAGGGCUACAAAAUGAGGAUCCUCUGCCUGAAGGUUGGGAGAUCCGGUACACAAGGGAAGGGGUUCGCUACUUUGUAGAUCACAACACCCGGACCACCACUUUCAGCGACCCCCGCACUGGAAAGUCCUCCGUCACCAAAGGCCCUCAGAUUGCUUAUGAGCGCAGCUUCCGAUGGAAGCUUGCCCAUUUUCGCUACUUGUGCCAGUCCAAUGCUCUCCCUAGCCAUGUGAAGAUCACUGUCUCCAGACAGACGUUGUUUGAAGACUCUUUCCAGCAAAUUAUGGCUCUCAAGCCGUAUGACUUGAGGAGGAGACUCUACGUCAUCUUCAGAGGCGAAGAGGGUCUUGACUAUGGUGGCUUAGCCCGAGAGUGGUUCUUCUUGUUGUCCCAUGAAGUGCUGAACCCCAUGUACUGUCUGUUUGAGUACGCCGGCAAGAGCAACUACUGUCUGCAGAUCAACCCAGCCUCAGCUAUCAACCCGGACCACCUCUCCUACUUCUGCUUCAUAGGCCGCUUCAUUGCAAUGGCACUUUUCCACGGCAAGUUUAUCGAUACAGGCUUCUCUCUGCCUUUCUAUAAACGCAUGCUGAACAAGAAGCUCAUCCUCAAAGAUCUCGAGUCCAUUGACCCAGAGUUCUACAACUCACUCAUAUGGAUCAGGGACAAUAACAUUGAAGAGUGUGGUCUGGAGAUGUACUUCUCUGUAGACAUGGAGAUCUUGGGGAAAAUCACCUCUCAUGACCUCAAACCUGAUGGCGCCAAUGUCCUGGUUACUGAGGAGAACAAGGAGGAGUAUAUCAGUCUAAUGGCCGAAUGGAGGUUCUCUCGUGGGGUAGAAGGUCAGACCAAAGCUUUCCUGGAUGGUUUCAACGAGGUGGUUCCACUUCAGUGGCUCCAGUACUUUGACGAAAAGGAGCUGGAGGUGAUGCUGUGUGGCAUGCAGGAGGUGGACCUGCAGGACUGGCAGAGGAACACAGUGUACCGACACUACACCAGGAACAGCAAACAGAUCAUCUGGUUCUGGCAGCUGGUGAAAGAAGUGGACAAUGAAGUGCGACUGCGGCUCAUGCAGUUUGUCACUGGAACCUGCAGGCUUCCUCUGGGUGGCUUUGCUGAACUCAUGGGAAGUAACGGACCCCAGAAGUUCUGCAUUGAGAAGGUGGGGAAGGACACGUGGCUUCCUCGGAGCCACACCUGUUUUAACCGUCUGGACUUGCCCCCUUACAAAAGUUUUGAACAGCUGAAAGAGAAGCUGCUCUUCGCCAUCGAGGAAACAGAAGGAUUUGGCCAAGAAUAGAGGGAGGAGUCCUCUUGUCUUCUCCCCUUCCCCCAUCGCUGUUUAUUCAGUCAAACAAACAAACUAAAAAAAAAUUGCACAAGAUAACCACCAAUGUAUAUAAGCUAUUUUCUCAUCUUAAACCAAAUCUUAAUUUGCAGCAUCAUUUUUGCUGCAGUCCUGUUCCCUAGCCCUUAUAUAUUAUAUGAUACCCCAUCAUGAAAUAUGCAAGCAUUUCAGCAUUUUUGCUCCUCUGUUUAAAAACAGAAAUCAUGGAUAUUUUUUUUAUUUCCUCCCCACUGCUGACUGGCUUUUUAAAAUAGACUGAAAGUGUUUUUGAGAGGAUUUUAUAGUAGAAGCGUAAUCUACUUUUAAAGCUCUAGUUCUAUAGAGCUUUUAAAAGGCAGGAGCAGUACUGCGGUCUGGUGCCUGAAUUUCUUUUUUUCCUGUUGGACCCAUAGUAAUUGUUGCAAUUUUUUGUGUGCUUGCAUGGCUGCCUCGGAAGAUGAGAAGACUGUCUUCCACCACCGCUCACACACGGACAUUUUAGCAUGGAUCGCUCAGUCUCUAAAUUAGCUUCUUUUUUUUUUUUUUUUUUUUUUUUAAACCAUCAUCAUCUAAAAGGCAAAGUGUUCAGGAUGAGCAGAUCUGAAGCUGGUGAAGCGGAGAAUAACCAUCUCGUACAGUUUUGCCCUCAAUGAGAUUGUGGACACCAGCCCAGAGAAAGAAGCAUCAUCGGAUCGUCCUGUUUGGAUGAAGACUCUGCUGUGAAGUUCCUGGACUAAAGCUUCUAUAUCAGAAAUCAAAAGGAACACGAGGAUGAAAAGGAAAAUAUUCUAAAUUGAAGUAGAAGAGUUGUGUGUGUGCGUGCGUGCGUGCGUGCGUGCGUGUUGACAGUGGAGCCUGUGGUUAGUAGUUCAGAUAUUCAGAUCAGAGACCAUGGGCAUGUUCCAGGCCACCUAGACUGCAGCCUGCUGCUUCAGAUGGGAAGUGAGAAACAAACAAGAAUGACAGAGUUACAGCUUUCAUUUAAACAUUGAGCUGUUUGGAAAAUUGUCACAACAAAAAACACAAGAUAGAACAGAUUCAGUGGCUCAAUUGUUCAUGUGCGCUUUGCUGAUUCUCUUUUGCCUCUUCGAGCUUUGAUCUCGGACUGCAAAGUGUCUCCAGUCUGUGAAUCCUCUGUGGUUCACAGUGCACCAGAAGUGGUUAUGCUUAUUUUGACAACAUGCAAACCCCCUUUACUUCAACACCUCAGCUCAAGGUAUCACACUAGAUAAAUACCCUCACAGAUUUUAACCAUGAAUAUCAAAGACAACAUAUGACAAGUGAAAGAAUUUCAUUCAUGGUCAUCUACUGUUGUAAUAAAGUUCAAAGACCUCUCAUUCAUAAAUUCAGAUGAAUGUACUCCUUUCAGUUCAUCUAUACAUGUACUGAAAGGAGCUGUUGUCAGCUUCUCAUAUAAUACCAACCAUGAACUAAUCACAACUGAAUACAGUGCUGCAGAAAUGUUAUUAUCAUGGCAGUAAAAGUUGUUGAAUGUCCCAUAGACUGGUAGUUUAAUUUGGUAAAUGAUCAUAAAGUAGAUUAGAGGCGCUCGAAUAAAAAAUUGCUUCUCUUGAAUUACUGGAAAGUAGUGUAUACAAAUAUAUACAAACACUGCAUGAAGGCAGUACAGAGUCAAGGAAAAAUGAAGAUUCAACAUAAGAAAUUUGGGGUUUCUUAAAGUAUUAACUGCACCUGUAAAUUAUUGUUAGAAAAUAAUUUAUGUCUCAUAUAGUGUGUAUCUGCUAUUUGGCUGCUCAGUCAACAGUGUGAACACAGCUUAGCUACACAAGAUGAAACAACAAAAUUCAAGCCUCUGCGAGAGCUGAGCCCUCUCCUACAGUUCAAUGAAUUCAGAUCACUGAAUUGUGCUGAUAUGACAAAGCCUUACUUUGAUGAAGAUCUGUGUGUAUAAAUCAGUGAAGUUGAGGCUGUUUGCAGGAAAACAAUUAGACUAAUUCACAUACAAAUAACAAUUAUAAAGCUCUAUUAAAGAGACACUAAUGUGCCACACCAGCUAGUUGAAACCUCUCACAGGGAAACUCCUGCAGCCUGUGGUCUGUUUGGAGACUGACACAGCAACAAGCCUGAUGAUGCACUGCAUUGCUGUAUGUUGUGUGGUUUUUGUUUUUGCACCUGCUUGUGCCCUUGUCUCUUGCUGAUUUUCUUUCCUCAAAUGCUUCAGGGUGUGUUUUCAAAAUGUCACGUCUAACUCCAUCGUUACUAAAUGACAACUCUGGUGCUUAUUCUUUCAGUCAGUGGUCUCAGCUUAAAAAGAAAAAGAAAAAAAAAGCUUUGGCAGUGGCAGGCCGUUCUCCUCGUUCUCUCCAGCAUUGUUUCCUCAGACCACUGCAAACAGCAAGAUGCUUUAAAAAUUUUUUUCAGGAGGAGCUCGUGAUUAGUCAAGUUAUCAGUUAUGUAUAUAACAUGUAUUCAGCUGUGUUUGUGGAAGAGCUGCGAGGAGGGACGACCGUAUAAAGACGAACAUUUACUGUAGCAAAAGGAUCCGAGACUUUUAAGAGAAGUCAAAACUGCAUAACUGUGCUUCCUUUUGAACAGAAACCUGUAAUCAAAGAAAAUCAACUGUAUGUGAAUAUUCAUUGUAUAAAAAUAAUGAAAGUAAAUAAAGUACUUAAAUAUUAUAAUUAAUUACACAGAGCCGCCACUCCAUUGAUGGAAAUCUGUGAUGCCUUUGUUCUUAUCAGAAAUAGAUGGGACGUUUCAGGUUGCCUUCACCGUAGCCAGUAACUAACCUAAACAGGACUUGGGCAGGUGUAUUCCCUCACAGUGAAGCUGAUUGAUGACACUGUAUAUCCGUACAGUACGUGAUUGUGCAGAAGGUGACCUCUAACUGUGCCGACUCCGGUUUAGGCCGCCUGAAACGCAUCCAAACUGUAACAUAUCGCGUGUAGAUAUACACUGUAAACACCAACUACACUGUACAGAAUGCCCCUUUACUGGAGACGAUGUGUAUAGAAGAUUCAUUUUUAAUCUGCUUUCACCCAUUUUAAAUGAAGAGAGAUGGAUUUAUGAGAUACAAAUAAAUAAGUGAAUAAACCCCCUCCAUGACCACGCUUGCUUUCUUUUUGUUGUGCGAAGCCGCCUGCUCAGGAUUUACAAAACCGGUGGAAAUUUUUAUUCUGUUAUGAAAGAAAAUGACAUGCUCUGGGUUUAUCAUUUUUGUUUUAAUGCCUUUGGAAAGAAUCAUAUUUAAUAAAUGCAUCUGACCAUCUUUA